CACAACUUUGAUAAUGGCUUUCUUUGUUUCUUCCAUCACUACUUUGUUCUCUCUUUUCACCAUCACUUGUAUUUCCAUUGUUAUUCUUCCACAUUGUGAUGCUUUGCCAUUACAUUACAAUCACCACCCUUUGUUGCACCCUCACCACCAUCACCCUCACAUUGCUAGUCACAAUUACAGAGAUGCCCUCACAAAAUCUAUAAUGUUCUUUGAAGGCCAGAGGUCUGGUAAACUUCCUCCUAACCAGAGAAUGUCUUGGAGGAGAGAUUCUGGUCUCUAUGAUGGCUCAGCUCUUCAUGUUGAUUUGGUUGGAGGGUACUAUGAUGCUGGGGACAAUGUGAAGUUUGGAUUUCCGAUGGCAUUCACCAUAACCAUGUUGUCAUGGAGUGUUCUUGAGUUUGGUGGACUAAUGAAAGGAGAGUUGCAGAAUGCAAGAGAAGCAAUUCGUUGGGGCACUGAUUAUCUUCUCAAAGCUACUGCAUAUCCAAACACCAUUUUUGUUCAGGUGGGAGAUGCUAAGAAGGACCAUGCUUGUUGGGAGAGACCAGAGGACAUGGACACACCAAGAAGUGUGUUCAAGAUUGAUGCAAACAACCCUGGUUCAGAAGUUGCUGCUGAAACUGCUGCAGCUCUUGCAGCAGCUUCCCUUGUUUUCAGAAGAAGUGACCCCAUGUACUCCAAGAUUUUGGCCAGAAGGGCCAUUAAGGUCUUCCAGUUUGCUGAUAAAUAUAGAGGAUCAUACAGCAAUGCAUUGAAGCCUGUUGUGUGCCCCUAUUAUUGCUCUUACUCUGGUUAUCAGGAUGAGUUGUUGUGGGGUGCUGCUUGGUUGCACAAGGCCACCAAGAAUCCAAUGUAUCUUAACUACAUUCAAGUCAAUGGUCAGAUCCUUGGUGCUGCAGAGUAUGAUAACACUUUUGGGUGGGAUAACAAGCAUGUUGGGGCAAGGAUACUUCUUUCCAAGGAAUUUCUUGUCCAAAAGGAGCAAUCACUCCAUGACUACAAGGGCCAUGCAGACAAUUUUGUUUGUUCCUUAAUCCCUGGGUCCUCUUCUGCUGAAUAUACCCCAGGUGGACUAUUGUUCAAAAUGAGUGAUAGCAACAUGCAAUAUGUGACAUCUACCUCUUUCUUACUGUUAGCAUAUGCCAAAUACUUGACUUCUUCACAUACACUUGUUAACUGUGGUGGAACCACAGUAACACCAAACAUGCUGAGAAGAAUUGCCAAGAAACAGGUGGAUUACUUGCUAGGAGAUAACCCUUUGAAGAUGUCCUACAUGGUAGGGUAUGGUCCAAGGUACCCUCAAAGGAUACACCACAGAGGCUCAUCUCUACCCUCCAUUGCAGUUCACCCUGGGAAGAUCCAAUGUUCAGCAGGGUUCACUGUGAUGAACUCACAAUCCCCUAAUCCUAACAUUCUUGUAGGAGCUAUUGUUGGUGGACCUGAUCUUCAUGAUAGGUUCCCUGAUCAACGGUCAGAUUAUGAACAAUCUGAGCCAGCUACUUAUAUGAAUGCACCACUUGUUGGAACACUAGCUUAUCUUGCACACUCAUUUGGUCAACUCUAGAAAGAGACUAUUGCGUCCUGGUUUCGAGAAAUACUUGCAUGUUUUUCUGUAUUUUAAGAACAUUUAUAACUACCCAUUUUCAUUUCUAAUGUUUAAAAGUUAUAUAAAAAUCAAUAAUGGGUAGUUGUAAAUGCUCUUAAAAUACGCAUUGAAUAUGUUUCAAGUGCAUACAAGUAUUUCUACAAUGGCUUCAAUUUAUUUUGGUGUACCUUAUGUAUUAAUUAUCACUAAUUUGGGUAGUUUGUGUUUCUUAGGUCACCCCUAAGCCUUCUAGUUACUAGUUUAACAUAUUGCUGUGAGUAAAUUUGUGCCAGAAAAAAGGGAUUAAGUUUGUAGGGAAGGUAAGCUUGUAUGCUAAAUGUGGCAAUGGUGGUGUUCAACUUAUU